AGCCAUCACCUUGAUUGGUCAAUAUCAGGAGGUACCUUGUCACUUUCAAGUGCUCAAAACAUCUAAAACGCCUCUGGACUUUGAGAAAGACGGAGAUAACGAGAAUUGUGAAGAAUCAUCAUAAGAAUGGCAUUUUCAUAUUGCAAAGUCUUUGGCAAGGAUAAGGUGAUCUUUGCCACCAAAGAGGAUCAUUCGACGCCAAGCACAAUAGAGUUGCCUCCACCAGAGGCGCCCCAGGGUCUAAUUACAAAGGAUGGCGACAUCAAUUGGAGCUGUCCGUGCUUGGGAGGCAUGGCCACAGGUCCCUGUGGCGUUGACUUUCGCGAGGCAUUCUCAUGUUUUCACUAUAGCGAGGCAGAGCCCAAAGGUUCUGAUUGCUAUGAGGCAUUCCGAAAAAUGCAGGAUUGCUUCCAGCAGUAUCCUACGGUCUACAACAAAACCAACAGUGGUGAUGAUGACGACGAUGCGCUUGGCGAUGUUAUGAAUGCAGACAAUGGAUCCAGUGUUAAGGAUGUAGAUGAACUCUCAGGUGGUGCUGGAGCCGCCGCUGCUGUAGCUGAUAAACAAGUGGCCACCAAUGCCAUCUCAAAAGCUUAGUAAAAUGUUUCAAUAAACAGAUAAUUCAAAAACAAAAA